AGAAAAAAAGUAAGAAGAAAAACAACAGUGAGUGUGAACGAAGGAAAAUUUUCCAUAAAACCGUAGUCAGAAAAACCAAAGUGGAUUAUUUUGCACAUAUUGCCGUUCUCCCGGAAAAAGUGUGUGCGACCAUGAAUGGGACACGAGAAGAGAACCCCGCAAAUGGUUUGGGAAAUUAAUCGCCUAACAUUAGGGGAUCGGAAUCUCCUCGUCGCCGACCCGAGCAUGAGUUAGUGUCGGUCGUGCAGCAUCCCAGUAAGAGCGAGCAGUAGGCACUGAAGUCACCCCCGAAGAACAUAAACAGCAUCCAGCGACGGCAUCUUAAAUGGCAAAAUAGCAACCGGGCCAGAGGGUAAACAACAUGGCGGCAGUAGUAUUAAAAUUGCACAGCAGCCCAUAAAAGCGUGGGCUGAGCUAGUCACAGUCACAGCAGAACGAUCGAAAUCAAAAGAGGUUAAAUACCGACAGAAGAGCGCAUAAAAAAGUCACAAUAAAAUUUGAGUAAAACCCAUAAAUUUCGCUUUUGGAUGGUGGUGGUUGAAGAGACCAAACAAAAAUAGUAGGUUAUGUAGGCUAGAGCUUAUAUCUGAAAAAGAAAAAAAAAAACUUGAAUUCGGCUUAUCGAUUGCGAGCAUCAUCCAUUCGAGGAAUGAUAAAUUAAAAAUAUCUCCGCAUAUGGAGAGGAAGUGAACUGAAAACUCGUACAUAUAUGCGGUGCGUUACUGUUAAUCGUGGAUCGGUUUACUUUUGCUUCGCAUGCAACGGGUGGUUUUAAAUGGAUAUUUUUUCGGAGGAAAAUAAAAAAAAAAGAGAUGCUUUAAUCCCACUCGGAAUGAACGUGGUGGCAUAAAUUCAACUUCGAUUCAAUUUUAAUGAGUGAGUGAGGAGAGGAAAAUUGAAUUCCGAAGAGUGGAUUCGAUGAAUGGGAAAGCGCUUGUGUCGGCAGAAAAUUGAAAAUUGAAAACUGACAUCGCUCGGGGGGAUUUUGGCACCGGCAUAGAAGCCGAUGUAGGAUUGUGAGAAAGAUAUAUAAAAUACAGAUAGUGUAUCGGAAUUAUAUUGGGCGAAAAAGGGGUGUAGUUAUGCAACGGAUGUGACUUGCAUGGAGAAUACGAAUACGAACGGCCUACGACGAGUGAGAGAGAGAGAGAGAUAGAGAGAUAGAGAGGAAGUAAAACGGUUCCGGUGGGUGGGUGGUUCGAGAAUUAGGGAACAUACAUAAUUUAUCGCCGUGAGAGCUGAUGGACAGUGACGAACGUGAAUGGUGGAUGAAUCCUGCCGGAAACCGGUGAUAGUUGAGUGUGCAUUGGGACGUCGAUAAAAAACGAGAACGACAGCUGAAAAUGACCAAAGCAAUUUUCGCUCCAACAGCCGGAAGUGAAGUGACAUCCACCGUGUGAAGGCGUGGGUGUGUCAGAGUGUGUGACGCUCGUGGACACACUAUAGAAGUUCGCUCUCUACAGGAUCGCCAUUUUGGGCUAGUGCCAUCCGGAACGAAAUCGGAACGAUUCAUUGACAGUGUGGCAUGAUGGGUAGAGUACAGCCGAAAUGGAUCCAGAACCACAACGAACAGUCACGUACGAUUGUUAUAUGAUAAGAACGCCUCGCCAGCCAGCGUUCACCGACGAACCGACAACCACCGGUAGCAGUCAGCGUCCCAGCGUCAUCAACCUGCGAUGGCUUACUACGACCCGAGGACGACGGUGGGCACUUUCCUGCCCCGGUACAGUGCCAGUGUCACCAGCAUUUUGGGCAGCACCGGGACGAUGGGCUCCUCGAUUGAAGACCUGUUCUUCAACAUUACCCCGACAACGACGAUGGCGACGGCACUCGGCGUCAGUACGGCCGGCACCACCGGCGGAAACGAAACCGAAACCGUGGCGGAACUCGAACCCACCUAUUCGUUGGUUCAGAUCAUCAUCCUCGGUAUCAUCGCCACGGUGCUGAGUAUCCUGACGGUGGCCGGCAAUGUGAUGGUGAUGAUCUCGUUCAAGAUCGACAAACAGCUCCAAACAAUCAGCAACUAUUUUUUAUUCUCGCUUGCCAUUGCGGACUUUGCGAUCGGACUGAUAUCGAUGCCACUGUUCUCGGUGACGACCCUGCUGGGCUACUGGCCCCUGGGACCCCACAUAUGUGACACGUGGCUAGCGCUGGACUACCUGGCAUCGAAUGCGUCCGUGCUGAAUCUGCUAAUCAUAAGCUUUGAUAGGUACUUUAGUGUAACUAGGCCUCUGACAUAUCGAGCGAAGCGUACAACGACCCGGGCGGCGAUCAUGAUUGGUGCCGCGUGGGGCAUCAGUUUGCUGCUGUGGCCUCCAUGGAUCUACAGCUGGCCCUACAUCGAGGGCAAGCGGACGGUGCCCGAGAAGGAGUGCUACAUCCAGUUCAUCGAGACCAAUCACUACAUUACCUUCGGAACGGCCAUUGCCGCCUUCUACGUACCGGUGACGGUUAUGUGCUUCCUCUACUACCGGAUAUGGCGGGAAACGAAAAAGCGGCAAAAGGACCUGAAGAAUCUGACCGGGGACCGGAAGAAGGAUUCCUCCAAGCGGUCCAACUCGAGUGAUGAGAACACGGCGGUCAAUCACUCGGGAGCAAUAGCGCAACUGACCAACGCCGAACCGGAUGGCUGGCGGAGGCCCCGAAGUGAGUCGUCUGCCGAUGUGGAAAGCGUCUACAUGACCAACGCGGUCAUCUCGGACUCGGGCUACGGGCACGGGAUGCUCUCUCGGCGAUCUAGUAUCACCACCAACGGCCUACCGAAAAAACCGGCCACGUUCUUCGGCGGCAUCAAGGAGUGGUGCAUCGCGUGGUGGCACUCGGGCCGGGAGGAUUCCGACGACUACGGGUACGACGCCGAGGAGCCUUCGGAUCUAGGGUAUGCAACACCUGUAUCCAUAGAAACUCCCUUACCAAGCUCAGUUACCAGAUGCACAUCAUUGAACGUCAUCCGCGAUCCCUACGGGACCACGGGCCGGGGCAACGUGGUCAGUAUGAUACCGGACAUUUCGCCGACGCCGAUGCGACCGACGUUGCCCCCGAUGUCCCACCUGCAGGACAUGCAUGGACCAAGAGACUCACGCUCACUACCGAAUAGCAACCGCCUGGGCUCCCGCUCGGUGAGCCAGGACUCUGUAUAUACGAUUCUGAUACGUUUGCCACCGGAGGGGGGAUCCGGUGACGAGCGGGCGCCCUCGAUCAAGAUGAUUCAGGACGACGUGCCCAUGUCGAUGACGGUUCCACCUAGGCGACCGCUUCCCUCACGAGACUCAGAUUACAUCAUUCCGGUGGGGCGGAGACAAUCGACGGCCACGACGGACAUCCGGCUUCCGCUGACGACCAAAAUCAUUCCGAAGCCGCUGUCCAAGCAGCAGCAGAUCCAUCAGGCGAACAUGCUGCAAACGGCGCGGCAGGUCAAGAAGAAAAAGAAAUCUCAGGAAAAGCGUCAGGAGACGAAGGCCGCCAAAACACUGUCGGCCAUUUUGCUGAGCUUUAUCAUCACGUGGACUCCGUACAACAUUCUGGUGCUGCUGAAACCGUUGACGGCCUGUACCCGGUGCAUACCGCAGGAAUUGUGGGACUUUUUCUACGCCUUGUGCUACAUCAACUCGACCAUCAAUCCGGUGUGCUACGCGUUGUGUAAUGCCUCAUUUCGGAGGACCUACGUGCGGAUUUUGACGUGCAAGUGGCACACCCGGAAUCGGGAGGCGAUGACCCGAGGGGUCUACAAUUAGGUUUAACGUCGUUUUGUAAACUGCCCUGAGCAAUUGGUUUGGUUUGUUCUUCCUUGGUGCUUUCUCGAGGCACUGCACGGUGGGGCGGUGGGACUGUUUGCUUGCUUGUUGUGUUUCCGAGUGUGUGGAAUCGAACCCGUCUCGUCGUUACUGACUGACUUUCUGCCAGCAACAGGCCAUUAUAUCGACUGAACAACACCUUUCGUCUGAAAGAAACGACAGGAAAUCGUCAAGAUCCACUCAAACUGAAAAGAACUCACAAAACAACAAAACAACCUCUUGCUGCGUCCCAGUCUCGAAAUCCUCCACGCGAAAAGCGAACUUUUGAUGAGGAGUAAACUAUUUUCAUCAACAAUUUUUUCUUUCUCUUCUUUUUCAUGUCUGCCUGUUCAGGAAAUUUCUUUCCGAUCCUUUUUUUUUGCUCUCAUGUGUGUGAACAAAUCCCCUUUUUUUCCGAGAGAAACAUUGAAAAACACUCCCGAGUGGGUGGUGGUGGUGGGAA